AUGGAGCGGAGUAACAACAUCUUUCAAUCGAAAUAUAACGAAUACAAACAAAUUCUAGAAGAUUUGCAAACAAAGAUUAUAGAGUUGGGUCAUGACAAAGAUGAACACACUAUAGUCCUCAAAACAUUGAAAGAUGCUGAACCUACAAGAAAAUGUUACAGAAUGAUAGGUGGCGCACUUGUGGAAAGUGAUGUUCAAACAAGUUUACCUAUUCUUGAAACCAAGAAGGAAAACAUAGAAGGUACAAUCAAUAAAAUGAAGGAAACUUUAAUACAAACUGCGCAAGAAUUUGAGAAAUGGAAAAAAGAAAAUAAGAUCCAAGUUGUUAGAAAUUAA